CAAGAGUGAACGUGGGUGAUUGCGGUUGCUUUUCGAGACUCUCUCGACUGGUUGAAAUUCGAGGAUUGUUGCAGCCGGAGCCAGAUUGAAGAGGCGAGAAGCGUCUGGCAUUGCUCGUUUCGUUCGCUUCGCGCGCUUUUCAUUCUUACGCGAUUUCGUCACAAGUCUAGUGGCGCGGAGCGUUACAUUAACACAUCGCCGUAAUGAGCAUGCGUCACGGGUCUGCCUCCGUGCUGAAAUGAGCGAACCCGCGUCGCUCGCGCUGUUCGAUUAAGUAAGUGAAGGCGUUUAUUCGAGUUUGUGUAGCUCGCCGAUCGCUAACGGCAGGCCGUGCGAUGUAGCAGUGGUGCGCGUCUGUCGUUGGAUGGAGUGUGCGGCCGUCGGGUGGAGAACGAAGUAUGAGCCGGAGCUGCCGAGCUCGUGUCCAUGAGCGAUGGAAGAUCCCGACCGUGCGGACCCAGUAGGCUUAGAAAGUUACGGCGAUCACACGGCAGGAUGCAACAGCGGCGGUUCCGGGCCAGCUGACGGCCCAGCCGCCGGCGAAGAUGCGGACCACGACUUCUGGAAGGUGUCGGACGAACUCCUCGCGGCGCAUAUCAAGAAGACGCUUAGCCUGAGUCGCCGUGAUGCGGCUCCCAACGGGUGCUCCGUCGUCGGGCCGUCGGACAAGCUCAACGGUGUCGUGCACUGGCACACCGACGACGACGGCGGUAGUCCGUUGCCGCAACCGACCCGUCAACGACCUCCUAGCCCGUCCAGUGAUGUUCGGUUGGCCGGCGGCAGCCGUGAAGGUGUGCGCGCGCCUCCCGAGCCCGCGUGUGCCGCCGUCGUCGACGGAAUCUCCUACGUCGCGUACGAAUCCGAGAGGCAGAUGCCGGACAUUAUGCGCCUGUUUCAGAAGGACCUCUCAGAACCUUACUCCAUAUACACGUACCGGUACUUCAUACACAAUUGGCCACGAUUGUGCUUUCUGGCAAUGGAUGGGGAGACAUGUGUCGGUGCCAUUGUUUGCAAGCUGGACGUUCACAAGAAGUUGGUCAAGCGGGGCUACAUUGCAAUGCUGGCUGUAGACUCCAAGUACCGCAAGAGGAAAAUAGGUUCUACACUGGUGCUAAAGGCGAUACGGGCCAUGAUAAAUGAUGACGCUGAUGAAGUGGUGCUGGAGACCGAGAUAACCAACAAACCGGCACUUCGAUUGUACGAGAACCUGGGCUUCGUUCGUGACAAGAGGCUCUUCCGAUACUACCUGAACGGGGUUGAUGCCCUGAGGCUCAAGCUCUGGCUGCUAUGAUGUGCAAGUGGUGUGGCGACAGUGACUACGGGGGUGAGAAGAGAAAGAAAGGGGGUAAAAAACGGCGAAUGGUGAAGACUGCUCCGAAAGACGCCUCGUGCAGAAACUGACCGCUUCUUCACCACCUGUUUAGUGCAGUUUAGGAUGGCCGUUCUCUUUCUUCAUGUUGUGUUUUGUUUCCUUUUUCUCCCAGCUUCACGCUCGUGAAUGAGUUGACUGCCGAAUGCUCCCAUUUGCGAGGUUUUGCCACUUUCCAAGAAAUUGAAAAGAGCCUACCAGUUCGAGAAUGGUGUGUCAAGUCAGCCUUUUGUUGUUGUUGUUAUUGUUUUCGAAAAGUUAGGGCAUUCUUGUUUAUUUUUAGGUUUAGCAAGAAUCUAGCACUGAAAAAGAAGCUUAUACUAAAGCAGGAGUCCAGCUCAUGAAGACUGAAAGUAGUAAGGGCAGCUUGGGUGUCUAAAAGAAUUCGUUGCUUUCAUACUGGCUAGUGGAUAGCUGUUAAGACGAAAAUCAUGACAAUAAGGCUGCCAUCAUGACAAUAAGUUUCUUUAAAAGAAUUCGUUGCUUUCAUACUGGCUAGUGAAUAGCUGUUAAGACGAAAAUCAUGACAAUAAAGCUGUCAUCAUGACAAUAAGUUUCUUUGACACUUUCAUAAACAAUCCUGCCGAUCUGUUCAUUUGUGGUGGAGGACAAGGAAAACAGGUCGACGCAUCAAAGCUUCAGCAUUUCAGUUUAGCACCCAGUUUAAAACAUGUUUUGUAUCAUGCUCUGUAAGUUGGCUGAAAGCUAUGGUAAAUACAACAGGAUCGCUCGAUGCCAUUUCACCCUUCCAACAAGAGGAGAUCAUUGUGAACUGAUAAAUCUCUGCCGACUAUAAUGUAAUUUCAGGUUCGUUGCUGAAAAGAAUACCUCGUUUUCUUGAAUUAGUUCCAAUUUGCGUACGUUAUACUGAUGUCAUGGAAAUAUUGGUUCAGAGCCUUUUUUUUUUUUUUUUUGUAAAUAUGGGAGCAGAGCACUUAGUUGUAAGUAGUAGGUUCUACAUUAUUCUACAUUAUGCUUGACUGAGGCAGGUUUUCAAUUUUUUUCUUGACUGGAAGGUCUGCAUAGGGGGAGAGGAAAAUGUAUUGUGUGGACAACUGGCACUUUAGUGAAAAAUAGAAAAUGGGUUUUGUUGAAGGAUGUUGCAGAAGUCUACAACUUCGGGAUUGUGACCUGCUGCUAAAAGGAGCUUUUUUUUUCCCUUGAAGCCUUAUUUCAGUGCGCAUCCUAUAUGUGGCAUGUUUUUGCAUGUUAUGUGAUCAUCAUGGUCACUAUCGACUACACUGUGCAGAUUGUUUUCUUUUCCUUUGGUCUGUAUUCAAUGCCUCUACUGCAGCAGGACAUCAUGUAAAGAAAAGCCACCACACUUGCCAAGAAAGCGUUUUCUGGUCCUAACAGUCGCCCCUGAGUGAUUCUUCUUGCUGGUGCGGAAUAGAAGUUAUAAGCCUGUUUCCUGAAGUUUAAUAAAAAUUUAAGUAUGUAA